CUCUCUGUAGCCGCACGUGCUCUAGUCCGCCUCGCGGUUUGAAGAGGGGCGGAGUUCCGAGGACCAUCACGGCCGGCCAUGAGCUCUCGGGCGGCUGUGGUGAUUGGCGAGAUGCAGGCAGGGGAUGGUCCGGACAGCGAGCCUUGUUCGUCUGACGACGGCGGCAGCGACGGCGCCUGGGAGGAAGACGACGAAACGAAGGCGCCCGCGCUGGCCUCGUGCCUCUUCUGCGACAGAUUUUUCAGUUCAGCUGAAGAUGCUUUUUGCCAUUGUACAUCAGAUCAUGGGUUCAAUAUUGGAAAUCUGGCUCAUAAACACAGACUCGAUUUCUAUGGUUACAUCAAGCUAGUGAACUUUAUUAGGCUGGAAAAACCAACUGUAGAGUAUUUUAGUUCUAUCAGUACCCCAUUUCCUUGGGGAAAGAAAUAUCUGAAGCCUGUCCUAGAAGAUGACCUCUUACUCCAGUUUGAUAUAGAAGAUCUCCCUGACUCCACUGACAUCUUUUGUUCUAAUGGACUAACUGAGACUUCGUCUCUCCUUGAGCGUUUGAAACAUGCAGAGCACAAAGCAGAGCUGGCAGAAACAGCAUUGGCCAGAGCCCAAGAAGAUCUUCAAAAAAUGAGACAAUUUGCCCAGGAUUUCGUGAUGAACACAGAAGUCAGAAGUGGCGCCAUUGCGGACCUAAAAGAGGAUGAGGAAGAUGUUUACUUCAGCUCAUAUGGCCACUAUGGGAUCCAUGAAGAGAUGAUAAAGGAUAAAGUACGCACAGAAAGCUAUCGUGACUUCAUAUAUCAAAACGCCCACAUCUUUAGAGAUAAGAUUGUCCUGGAUGUUGGUUGUGGAACUGGAAUCCUCUCCAUGUUUGCAGCCAAAGCAGGUGCAAAGAAGGUGAUAGGAGUAGACCAGUCUGAAAUUAUCUAUCAAGCUAUGGACAUCAUUAGACUCAAUGGACUGGGAGAUACUAUUUCUUUGAUCAAAGGAAGAAUUGAAGAAGUUGAUUUGCCCGUUGACAAAGUGGAUGUUGUCAUAUCCGAGUGGAUGGGUUAUUUCCUUCUCUUUGAGUCAAUGCUGGAUUCUGUCAUUUAUGCAAGGGACAAGUACCUGGCAGAAGGAGGCUCAGUAUAUCCUGACAUCUGCACCAUCAGCCUGGUGGCUGUCAGUGACCUGAAGAAGCAUGCAGACAGGUUAGCUUUCUGGGAUGAUGUGUAUGGCUUCAACAUGUCCUGCAUGAAGAAGGCUGUCAUUCCAGAAGCUGUUGUGGAAGUGUUAGAUUCAGGCACAUUUAUAUCUGAAGCUUGUGUUAUCAAGCGGAUAGAUUGCCAUGUUGUAUCGGUUUCAGAACUGAAUUUUUCAUCAGACUUCACUCUGAGAGUUACAAAGACUUCAGUGUGUACGGCAGUUGCUGGGUAUUUUGAUAUAUAUUUUGAGAAGAAUUGCAGCAAAACAGUAUUGUUCUCAACUAGUCCCUGCUGUACCAAAACACACUGGAAGCAAACAGCAUUUUUUUUGGAGAACCCAAUUUCUGUGGAAGAAGGUGAAGAACUGAAAGGAAAGAUAACAGUCCACAAAAACAGAAAAGAUCCACGAUCCCUCAUCAUAACACUUUCACUGAAAAAUGUGAAGCAGACAUACAGUCUUCAGUGAGGACUACUCCACAGCUGGCUUUGAAAUGUAUAAAAUGAAU